AUGGGAGUUAUUCUAAGAGACACACUUUUACAAGAUGAUUCAAGAAACAUCUAUUUUGAAAUUCCAAAAGAUGUCACAUUGAAUCACCUACAUGGAAUUGUUCUUAUUUAUGAUGAUCGAUUCAAAGAGGUGUGGAAAAGGAAAAAAGUUGAAGUUGGAAAGACUUACCUACUUGAAGAAGUCCAUGACACUUGUGCACAUUCAAACUCGAAUCAGUCACUCAAUGAAGGUUUCCAAGAGAUUCAUGCAUUAACCAAUUGGUGUGAUGACUCCAAGGGACACCAUGAAGAAACUCAAUGGAGUUGUGUCUAUUCAAAGGUAGAAGUUGAUCAAAGAAGUUAUGUUGUUUCUGCAGUAACAUUUAGUCGGUUAGAGCCUGAAGGGAAGUUGAUCAUGUGUUUCAGAAAGGCUUCAACUGCUUCAGCAUCUGAUCAGGUUUCCAUUAGAUUAAGGCCACUGAAUGAUAAAGCAAUGAAUCGUAUUUGUGAUUGGGAAUGCCCUAACAAUCACACCAUCGUUUUCAAGCAUAAUUUACCGGAACGCUCCGUGUUCCCUGCAGCCUACACAUUUGACAGAGUAUUUGACAGUGAAUGCGAUACAGCUCAAGUGUACGAGGAAGGAGCCAAACAUAUUGCACUCUCAGUACUCGAAGGAAUCAAUUCAAGCAUAUUUGUAUAUGGGAAAACAAGCAGUGGAAAGACGUAUACAAUGAGAAGUAUCACUGAAUAUGCAGUAUAUGAUAUAUACAACUACAUCGAGAACAUGACAUUCUGUUUUGAUCAAUAUGUUAGAAUGGGGAAAGAGACUUUUUUGGUGAAAUUCCGUGCCAUGGAAAUAUACAAUGAAGCCGUGAGAGACCUUCUUAGCCCUGAUAGCUACCCACUAAGAGUGCUAAAUGAUCCAGAGGUAACAUAA